AUGACCGAUAGUGGUAGCUUCAUCAAAGUUCCAAAUUCAGAUGAGGAAGAAAGCAUGCGGAAAGCUGCCGAAGACUCUCAAAAAAGGCGUGAAGAGGCUAAAAAGAAGCGGGAGAUGGAGGAAGCCAUGAGAAAGGCAGGGGAAAGCUCUCAACAGCGCAGACGCGGAGGAGGUGCUGCUGGUGCUUGA